CCGGAGUUUGUCAAGAAAGCUAGAGAUAACAAAGCGGUAUAAAUAUCAAAUCAAGUAGUUCCGCUUUUUACGUUUUUCUUUUUCACAUUCUUUUUUUUUUAAUAUAUUCCGCAUUAUGAUUAGAACCCUUCUCCGUACAACAAAGACUGGUUAUGUCCAAUUAAACCAACGCUCCAUCCGCUUUACUUCAACUGCUCCCAAGAAGGUCUUGACUGUUGAGACCAUGCAUCCUUUAGUCAGAAAUGUUGAAUAUGCUGUUCGUGGCGCCUUACCUAUUCGUGCUGAAGCUUUAAGUCAGCAAUUGAAGAAGGAUCCUUCCAAGUUAAACUUUGAGAGAGUCGUAUUCUGUAACAUUGGUAAUCCUCAACAACUCAACCAAAAGCCAAUCACGUUCUUUAGACAGGUUGCUUCUCUUUGUGAAAACCCAGAGUUAUUGAAAGCUGAAAACAGAGAACUUGUAUCUAAAUUAUAUCCUUCCGAUGCCAUUGCUCGUGCUGAAGUGUUGUUGAAGAACAUUGGUAGUAUUGGUGCUUACUCUCACUCCAAGGGUAUCACUCAUAUCCGUGAAAAUGUUGCUAAAUUCAUUGAACGUCGUGAUGGUUAUGCUGCUAAUCCCGACCACAUCUUCCUAACACAAGGUGCUUCUGAAGGUGUACAAAAAGUCAUUCAACUGUUGACUCAAGACAAGACAUCUGGUGUCAUGAUCCCUAUUCCUCAAUAUCCUCUUUAUUCAGCCACUCUCGCUUUAGUUGAUGCUGCACCUGUUCCCUAUUAUCUUAACGAAAAGGAAAAUUGGGGUUUGGGUAUUGAAGACCUUAAGGCUUCUGUUGAUAAGGCUCGUAAAGAAGGUGUUGAUGUUCGUGCACUUGUCAUCAUCAACCCUGGUAACCCCACUGGUCAAUGUCUAUCUGAAGAAAACAUUCGUGAAAUCAUCAAAUUUUGUCACGAGGAACGCAUUAUUUUGUUGGCUGAUGAAGUCUAUCAAACCAAUAUUUAUCAACCUAAACGUCGUCCUUUCCACUCCUUCAAGAAAGUAUUGAUGUCUAUGGGUCCUGAAUACACUAACCAAGAACUCUUUUCUUUCCAUUCUACUUCUAAGGGUAUGAUUGGUGAAUGUGGCCGUCGUGGUGGCUACUUUGAAUGCGUCAACAUUGAUCCCGAGAUUUUAGAACAAGUGUACAAAAUUUCUUCUGUCUCUUUGUGUCCCAAUGUCCACGGCCAAAUUAUGGUCGAUCUCAUGACUAAUCCUCCUGUUGAAGGCGAUGUUUCUUAUCCUCAAUAUAAGGCUGAAGUUGAUUCCAUUUACGAAUCUCUUCGUCGUAGAGCUAGUAAGCUCGCCAACAGUUUUAACAACUUGGAAGGUGUGACAUGUAAUGAAGCUGAAGGUGCCAUGUACUUGUUCCCUAGAAUCCGUUUGCCCAAGAAGGCUAUUGAAGCUGCCAAAGAAGCUAACAUGGCUGCUGAUACCUUUUAUGCUUUGAGCAUGUUGGAUGCCACUGGUGUGUGUGUCAUUCCUGGCUCUGGUUUCGGUCAAGAAGAAGGUACUUAUCAUUUCCGUUCUACUUUCCUUCCUGAAGAGCAUCUCUUUGAUAAAUUCUGUACAAGCCUCGAAGAAUUUCACAGUAGCUUCUUGAACAAAUACAGAGAUUAAACAUCAUUGUGUAUGUCUUUCUUUACCCUAUUUAACUUAGAAUCAUGUAAAAUAUUACUUUAGAAAUCAAAUUAAAAUAAAAAAGCAUAUGUUUUGAAGAUGCAAGUAAAAAUGAAGAUAAUUAGUGCCAGCAUGAAGGAAUAAGAGAACAUGCGAUUAAUUUCUGACCAUAAUGAAGGUGUGCAUCCGGCUCAAAAGGUACAGCAGUUCAAUGAAAUGAAUGUUAUCUUGUAUGGAGAAAAAACCAAUCGUCAAUGUAUAUUUAUACAUCUAACUUAGAUUGUUUCUUUCUUCUGCGUAUCUUUUAGAAUAAUUCGUUGAAUAGCAUUUCUACUUUG